AUGCAGGCUGACCUCGGCCAUCCUGAUCCAUGCAAAUUCGAAAACAUCGCCAACCAAUGCGCCGCGACGAGCACGCCAGGUGGAAUAAUUAACCUCGACAUCGACGAGGAAUGGCUGGUCUACGAGGUGCUCACCGAGAAGGCUCUCCUCCGUCCUAAAAGCGACUCGCCUAAUCGUCCAACGGCUACGUUGCGUGACAACGUCGUCCAUUCUGCGAACUUGGAGCCGCGGCGCCAACGACCGUCGAGAUUAACGAGGAACAAAAACGACGUUGGCGGGAACGCAUUCCAUCCGCGGAAUCGCAUCGAAACUAUCUUCGACGAGCGAGCACAUGGCGAUAAGCUCUUGGACGACGUGUCGUCGUCUAUGAGAAAGAGCCUCUUUCACCACGUACCACCGUACGUUCUCUUUCAUAGCCACGAUCGCGGUUGCGGGAAAAAGUUGCCCAAGGAUUUCACCAAACUUCUCAAAUGGAAGUUCUCCGCAGCCGCGCCGAAGAUCUUGUUGCAAAUUUUGAUCAACACCGGGUACCAAGUCGUGACGACGGACAACGAUUGGUCAGGUGUUUGGUACCCCUCCUUCAACGACACGUCGAGGUAUCGGAAUUUGAAAACGUUCCAAAAGGUAAACAGUCUACCAGGCUCGCGCAACAUGGGCAGCAAAGACUUGCUGUGCAUGAACCUGAAUAGAAUGACGAAGAAAUUCGGUCCCGAAGAGUUCAAGUUUAUGCCUCAAACGUUCGUUCUGCCCGAGGAAAUGCAAAAGUUCGAAAGCGCGUGGCAGAGAUACGGCAUUGGCAGCACGUGGAUAAUCAAGCCACCGUCGGCGGGUCGUGGUCAGGGUAUUAAGAUCAUCAAUCAGUGGUGGGAGAUUCCGAAGUGGCAUUCGGUAAUCGUUCAACGAUACAUAUCCAAACCGAAGCUGAUCAACAGCUCGAAAUUCGAUUUGCGGGUUUACGUUCUCGUGACCAGCAUCAAUCCCACGAAAAUUUACAUCUACAAGGAGGGCUUGGUGCGCUUUGCAUCGGUCAGGUACGUCCGCGACACGAACCUAAGCGACAAGUACAUGCACCUGACCAACACCAGCGUGAACAAGCUGAAUCCUGCCUACGUGAGCAACGACGGUGUGAAUUCGUUCAAGAGUCAUAAAUGGUCCCUGGGGUGUUUGUGGUCGCGCUUGCGGGAAGAAGGUGUGGACGUGGCUGAGCUGUGGUCCAAGAUAAAGGACAUCGUCGUUAAGACGGUGAUAGCCGCUGAAUCGAGCAUGAACGCAGCCAUUAAGGAGAACCUAGUCUCGAGUUACGCUUGUUACGAAUUAUAUGGGUUCGAUGUACUCCUCGAUGAGAAUUUGAAGCCGUGGCUCCUCGAAGUCAACACGCUGCCGUCCUUACAAACGGACUCGCAGCUCGAUACUGCUGUUAAGGGUCAUCUCAUGAGGAACGUUUUGAACAUGGCUGGCUAUCAGAUACCAAAAACUGAUCUAACUUCCAACGGCGGACGCUACGGAAAGUACGAUUCGAUAGCGCACGACUGCGCGUUAUACAGCGCGACGUUAAAUUUUUGGGAGAGAGUCAAACAGAACGAAAUCAACGUUAUACGAAAUCGAGACGAGUAUCUGGAUCGAAUCGUCGAGAAUCUGACGCGGGACGAUCUGAGGCAGCUUAUUCGCUACGAAGACGAACUCGCGGAGGUGGGAAAUUUCGAGAAAAUAUUCCCCACGAACCAAUCGUACGGGUACUUGAAAUUUUUCGAGGUGGAAAGGUACUACGAUCGACUAUUGGACGUUUGGGAAAAUCGUUACUCCGAGAGAAGGGAGGAAGCCGUUAGAAGACUGAACAAGUACUGCGAGCAGAUGCGACACCUGAAUCCAGGUUCCGUUUGAACGAGAUUUUCUGCUUUUAUGCAGGCGGUGGUUGAUAAAGUUGUACUCUAGCUAUGGCGAUUAAUUAUACUCUCCUAGCUAAUAAAAAUGAUGAGUGACUAAUAAAAACACUUCUACACCUUGGGGUUCUGCUACAUCCGUAUCUUUCACACAAGAAAAUUAAAAUACAAAUUGUGGAUCUUACGAACCCCUUACACUGUAUUAUUAAAUAUUUGAACAACA